GUGUCACUCCUCUCCACAUUGCUGUGGUGAAUCAGAACAUCAGUUUGGUCCAUCACCUCAUUAGUCAUGGUGGUGAUGUGGCUACACCUCGAGCCACCGGGCUGUACUUUCAGAAGAGGAGAGGAGGACUCAUUUACUUUGGUGAGCACAUCCUGUCUUUUGCUGCAUGUGGUGGGAACAAGAACAUUAUCUCUAUGGUAAUUGAUGCAGGGGCCAGCACCAGGGUCCAGGACUACCUAGGCAACACAGUGCUUCACAUUUUGGUUCUGCAGCCCAACAAGGUAGCUGCGUGCCAGUCCAUCGACCUGAUAAUGACACGAGAUGCAGAGCUGCAGGAGCCAGUGCCACUUGACAUGGUGCCCAACCUCCAAGGCCUUACACCAAUGAAA